UUCACUUCCGGAAUCAGCAGUGGGGAGUAGUUGCUGCAGUCCUUCGUGUCCGGCUGGUAGGAUGGCGCCGGGCCCGUGCGGUCAUAGCACCAACAGCAGGCGGCCGCAAAGGCUUCCGUCGUGUCCCGAAGUUUAUCCCCAGGGGCGGGGGGUGGGGGAAGCCGGUCCUUCUGUUUCGUCUAAGUUUCUUACUCCCCCACACCACAGAGAUGUGGGCCUCCAUCGUUCUAUUCCUCCCGCCCUAUUCCCGAGUGGAUGCUAGAGCGUCUUCCCGUCGUUUCCUGUCGUCUGGGGCCGGGGCGGGAGGAUCGUUACGCGAUCGCGGAAGAACUCGCUAGCUUGGGUGGUUUGGGAGAACCGGAAGUGCUGCGAGAGAGAACGGAAGUGAGGGGGCGUAGCCAGGAAGUGAGGAGGGGUGGGGGUUUAUGAGGAGGGCCAGGGAGCGUUGGGGGCAGAUUUGCACUCAGGGCCACCUGAGGUACUUGGCGGUAGCGUUCAGCUGUGUCCUCUUGCCUCUCAGAGACACGCUUGUCGUCUGGGAGUAGGAAACUGUGGAGGUGUGGGUUUUCGGGAGGACAUUUCUUUACCUGCGCUUGAGGCAAGGUGUGGAGAAGCAGGGCUGGGGGUGGGGCCGGAUCUCAGGGCGUCUGAGAGGGAAGACCUCUCGCCCCCCCCAAACCAUCUACACUGGCUGAGUGGACAUUAAGAUGGCUGCCGUUGCCAUGGCACCCAACCCUGUGCAGACCCUUCAGGAGGAGGCGGUGUGCGCCAUCUGCCUCGAUUACUUCACGGACCCGGUGUCCAUCGGCUGCGGGCACAACUUCUGCCGAGUGUGUGUAACCCAGUUGUGGGGAGGGGAGGAUGAAGAGGACAGGGACGAGUUAGACCGGGAGGAGGAGGAGGAAGAAGAUGGAGAAGAGGAGGAAGUGGAAGCUGUGGAGGCUGGUGGGGGCUGGGACACCCCCAUGAGGGAUGAAGACUAUGAGGGCGACUUGGAGGAAGAGGUCGAGGAGGAAGAGGAAGGUGUGUUCUGGACCGGUGGCAUGGGCGGGUCCAACUGGGACAACAUGGACUACGUGUGGGAGGAGGAGGAUGAGGAAGAAGGCCUGGACUACUACUUGGGGGACAUGGAGGAGGACUUGAGGGGGGAGGACGAGGAGGACGAGGAAGAAGUGCUGGAGGAGGAUGAGGAAGAGGAGCUAGACCCUGUCACAUCACUUCCCCCGCCUCCAGCCCCUCGGAGGUGCUUCACCUGCCCCCAGUGCCGAAAGAGCUUUCCCAGGCGGAGCUUCCGUCCCAAUCUGCAGCUAGCCAACAUGGUCCAGGUGAUUCGGCAGAUGCAUCCAGCACCUGGUCGGGGGAGCCGAGGGAAUGAGCAGGGCGUUUGUCCGAAACACCAAGAAGCUCUGAAACUCUUUUGUGAAGUGGAUGAAGAAGCAAUCUGUGUGGUGUGCCGAGAAUCCAGGAGCCACAAGCAGCACAGUGUGGUGCCAUUGGAGGAGGUGGUGCAGGAAUACAAGGCCAAACUCCAGGGACAUGUGGAACCUCUAAGGAAGCACCUGGAGGCUGUGCAGAAGAUGAAAGCCAAGGAGGAGAGGCGGGUGACAGAGUUGAAGGUGGUAUCCACCAUCCCCUUUGCAUCAUCCCAGAGCCAGAUGAAGUCAGAGCUGGCAGCUGUGGCCUCAGAGUUUGGGCGCCUGACAAGGUUUCUGGCUGAAGAGCAGGCAGGGCUGGAGCGGCGUCUUCGAGAGAUGCAUGAAGCCCAGUUGGAGCGUGCAGGAGCAGCCGCCAGCCGGCUAGCAGAGCAGGCAGCCCAGCUGAGCCGCCUGCUGGCUGAGGCCCAGGAACGGAGCCAGCAGGGGGGCCUACGGCUGCUCCAGGACAUCAAGGAGACUUUCAGUAGGUGUGAAGAGAUACAGCUGCAGCCCCCAGAGAUCUGGUCCCCGGACCUGUGUCAACCCCAUAGCCAUGACUUCCUGACAGAUGCCAUCGUGAGGAAAAUGAGCCGGAUGUUCUGUCAGGCUGCUCGAGUGGACCUGACACUGGACCCCGACACGGCUCACCCGGCCCUGAUGCUGUCUCCUGACCGCCGGGGUGUUCGCCUGGCAGAGCGGCGGCAGGAGGUUGCUGACCAUUCCAAGCGCUUCUCGGCCGACUGCUGCGUACUGGGGGCCCAGGGCUUCCGCUCUGGCCGGCACUACUGGGAGGUAGAGGUGGGUGGGCGGCGGGGCUGGGCGGUGGGAGCUGCCCGAGAAUCAACCCAUCAUAAGGAGGUAGGCUCUGGGGGUUCCUCAGUGGGCAUCGGGGAUGCCAGCUCUUCUUCACGUCAUCACCACCGCCGCCGCCGACUCCACCUACCCCAGCAGCCCCUGCUCCAACGGGAAGUGUGGUGUGUAGGCACCAAUGGCAAACGUUACCAGGCACAAACCUCGACUGAGCAGACACUGCUGAGCCCAAGUGAGAAACCACGGCGCUUUGGCGUGUACCUGGACUAUGAGGCUGGGCGCCUGGGCUUCUACAAUGCAGAGACUCUGGCCCAUGUGCACACCUUCUCAGCUGCCUUCCUGGGCGAGCGUGUCUUCCCUUUCUUCCGGGUACUCUCCAAGGGUACCCGCAUCAAGCUGUGCCCUUAAUCAGCCUGCCACCCGCAGGGCCCCUCUGGUCAGCACUGGCAGGGCGGGUGGUGGUGGAGGGUGGCCCAAGUUUGGGGGCUCAAAGGCUCCCAAAACUGUUACUGCAUUGCUUCCUGCUCUUCCUUGACCCCAGGACCCUGCUUCUCCCUGUAGGAACUUAAGGAACCCUUCUGGCCUCCAGCUCCACCUUCUCCUCACCUACUAUCUGUCCAACAGGUCUGCAUGGGUCCCUGAUAACAGCUGCCUAGUCUUCCCUCCCUGUCCACCAAGGGCCCGAGUUGGGUAGGGGAGGGGAUAUUUAAUUUUAUAAACUUCCCUUUACCCAUCCCUGCUCUUCAACCUUCACGUCAGUUCCCAGGCUGGAGGAUUUGGGCAAGACUCAUGACUAUCCCCAUUCCAAUUCCAUUUUCUGAUGCAAGUUUUAGCUAAGGGAUUUGGAAGCUUUUUGAGGGGAGGCAGGCUGGGCAAAGGGUAGAGCUGGAUAAAAGAACCAUCUGCUCUCUGGGGAAGGAUCCUAAACUUUCUUCCAUCCCCAAUUUCUACCUCCAUAGACUGGCCAGAAUUUAGCUUCAGUGAGAUCUGGAAUGGUCCACAUGAUUGAAACUACAUACCAUUACAUCCCCCAAUAAAUU